AUGGCAACAAUAGUGAUAUGCAAGACUCUUACUCUAUCCAGCGUUAAAUCAUCUUGAAGGAACAAAAGUCAUUCUUCACAUCGAGAUGCUGGAGUACUGGAUGGCUAUCAACGAUACCGAGACAAACGAGAGUGUUGAACUCGACGAGGUCCUAGAAGAUCCCGGCUCAGCAGCUCUCUUCGACGGUUAUCCACCCUGGCUCCUCUACUUUGCUGCUGGCUGCUGUCUACUCUUCAUGCUCAUUGGUAUACCCGGCAAUCUCAUCACUGUGGCCGCACUCUUUCGCACUAAGAAGUUGAGAAAUGCAACAGCUGUAUUCAUCAUGAACCUCUCGAUCUCUGACCUGAUGUUCUGCUGCUUCAAUCUGCCAUUAGCAACAUCAACCUUCUGGCACAGCUCCUGGCAGCACGGAGCCCUACUCUGUCGUCUGUUUCCCCUGCUGCGUUACGGUCUGCUCGCCGUCAGCCUCUUCACUGUCCUCGCCAUAACGAUAAAUCGAUACGUCAUGAUCGGCCACCCCCGCCUCUACCCCAAACUGUACAAACCGAGGUAUCUAAUCUUGAUGGUGCUCGCCACAUGGAUAUCCGGGUUUGGGGCACUCGUUGCAACCUGGUUCGAGCACUGGGGUCGCUUUGGCCUGGACCCAGUUAUUGGAUCCUGCACGAUAGUACCAGAUGUUAACGGCCGCUCCCCGAAAGAAUUCCUAUUCAUAUUGGCAUUUCUGACACCCUGCAUUGCCAUUGUCGUCUGCUACGCCAGGAUUUUUUAUAUUGUCAGGAAAACUGCGCAGAAAAGUAGGAGGAGGGAGAAAGCCACCACUAAUCUUGUUAAAGCAAGUCUCGAGGUGAAAUUCACAAAAAAUUUUGAAGACUCAGCGCUGGGCUCUAGUUGCGGUCCCACUGCCACAUCCACAACAGAAAACGGCGGUUCUCCAACAAAAACCGAUCGUUGCACCCCCCACUACAUAAUUACCCCCCAAUCCAGCCUGCUCCCCGAAAACAUGCCCACCCCCUCCUCCCCACCUUUGGAAAAAAUAACGGAAAAAAAUGAGGACACCUCCCCCAUUGAUCCCAACUGCUGCACCGUAAAUGACCCCUCCAGCACCUCUUCCAACUCCAACUCCAGUUCAAACUCACCAAGAACUAUUCAGGAUCCAUUCCCCGAGUCUCUCAAGGAAAAUGGAACCGCAAACUCCACUGCAUCAGGAAUAUAUCCGGUAAUUCCGAACUUCAGCAUCUCGCAUGUGGAUAAAACCGAGGACAAGUCGGAGGAGCAACAGAUUCUCUCCUCGAAGAUGUUAGAGAGCGAUAUUCAGUGUCUCCAGGUGCCAAAUCGUUUCCAUAAGGAUGAGUCGUCUUCUGAGGGACCAUCGAGACCUCAAUCCUCUUCAUCUAGAUACGAACCUUCGGAAAUUUCGGAGGAAUUUCCAUCGUCGAGAUCUGAUUCAUCUUCUGAAAAACGUCAAAAGAAAAACAGCCUAUUCCGAAGAGAGUCCCGCUUCCGGAGUAUGAAAAAUCGCGGCCUGGAGUCUGGCAAAAUGACCGCAAAGGACAAGAAACUACUCAAGAUGAUUUUAGCAAUUUUUUCCUCAUUUUUGAUCUGUUACUUACCGAUCACGAUCUCGAAGACAUUCAAGGAUAUCAUAGACUGGCGUGGUCUCAACAUCGCGGGCUACAUCCUCAUCUAUUUGACCACCUGCAUAAAUCCAGUGAUCUACGUUGUGAUGAGCUCUGAGUACAGAAGCGCUUACAAAAACGUUCUUCUCUGUCGAAGUGACUCCUUCGAAGGGAGAAAACGUGCCAAUUGAUAUGAUUGAUUUUUUACUUUCCUUACUGAGCUUUAUUCAUUAGAAGACUGACUUUAGUGUAAAUAAUACUGUCGUGGAGGAUUUUAUAAGUUUUUUAUUCAUCAUUUCAUUGAUGUUAGUGAUUGAUUCAGCAAACACUUAUACCUACUGAAUCAUUUUAGACUUAGUAUUUUACGUUCAAUGCAAUUAGAAUUAAAAAUUUUAAUGAUGUAAACAUAGAGGUAACAAUGGUGUAUAUAAAUUCAUUGGUAAACUUCGAGAUAAACAUUUUCAGUA